GUCCGGAGGCUUGUGCUUUCUGCGCGUCCCCAGGACUUUGCCAUGGGCUGGGGGCCGCGGAGGCUGCUAGCGGCCGGGCGAGGGCAGCGACUGCGGCGCCCGCACCGGGGUUGAGCGAGCAGCGACGCUCUGGGCGCGCGGAGAUGGCAGCGUCCAGUAACUCCAGCCUGUCCGGCUCCUCGGUCUCCUCCGAUGCUGAAGAAUACCAGCCCCCGAUCUGGAAAUCGUAUUUGUAUCAGCUACAGCAAGAGGCACCUCGUCCCAAGAGGAUUAUUUGUCCUCGGGAGGUGGAAAACAGACCAAAAUAUUAUGGAAGAGAGUUUCAUGGAAUCAUCUCCAGGGAGCAGGCAGAUGAACUUCUCGGAGGUGUAGAUGGGGCAUACAUCCUUAGAGAAAGCCAGCGACAGCCAGGAUGCUACACGUUAGCUCUAAGGUUUGGAAACCAGACCUUAAAUUACAGGCUCUUCUACGAUGGGAAACAUUUUGUGGGAGAGAAGAGGUUUGAAUCCAUACACGACCUGGUAACAGAUGGCUUGAUAACACUGUACAUAGAAACGAAAGCUUCUGAAUACAUUUCAAAAAUGACAACAAACCCCAUUUACGAACACAUUGGUUAUGCCACCUUACUCAGAGAAAAAGUAUCCAGAAGGCUGAGCAAGUCUAAAAAUGAGUCAAGAAAACCAAAUGUUGCAAAUGAGGAACACACAGCAGUUGAAAAGAUCUCCUCCCUGGUCCGAAGGGCCGCCCUCACCCACAACGACAACCACUUCAACUAUGAGAAGACACACAACUUUAAGGUCCACACGUUCCGAGGCCCUCACUGGUGUGAAUACUGUGCUAACUUCAUGUGGGGACUCAUCGCCCAAGGGGUCCGGUGCUCAGACUGUGGGUUGAACGUACACAAACAGUGUUCCAAGCACGUUCCCAACGACUGCCAACCUGAUCUCAAGCGGAUCAAGAAAGUGUACUGUUGUGACCUAACCACGCUUGUAAAGGCUCACAACACUCAGAGACCCAUGGUGGUAGACUUAUGCAUUCGGGAAAUUGAAGCAAGAGGAUUAAAAUCAGAAGGUCUUUACAGAGUCUCUGGGUUCACUGAACAUAUCGAGGAUGUCAAAAUGGCAUUUGACAGAGAUGGUGAAAAGGCAGAUAUAUCUGCCAACAUCUAUCCAGACAUAAACAUCAUUACGGGAGCCCUUAAACUGUACUUCAGAGACUUACCCAUUCCCGUCAUCACUUAUGAUACCUACUCCAAAUUUAUAGAAGCAGCGAAAAUCUCCAAUGUGGACGAGAGGUUGGAAGCCGUCCAUGAGGUGCUGCUGCUGCUCCCUCCUGCCCACUACGAGACCCUCCGAUAUCUAAUGAUCCACCUCAAGAAGGUGACUAUGAAUGAAAAGGACAAUUUCAUGAAUGCAGAAAAUCUUGGGAUCGUGUUCGGGCCCACCCUAAUGAGGCCCCCUGAAGACAGUACCCUCACCACCCUCCAUGACAUGCGGUACCAAAAGCUGAUUGUGCAGAUUUUAAUAGAAAACGAAGAUGUUUUGUUUUAAUCCAUCAGGGAAAUGAGCUGAAUAGCCCAGCCCCAUCUAAGUUGAUAAGGCUAAAGGAAUAAAAACAUUUCUUACACAUGAUUUGUUUUUUUCAAACAAAUGACAGAAUGUCCUGGACUGCAGUGGACGCCGGGUCGGGUACCGUGUCACACAGACAUGUGCCCCCUCCACGUGGGAACCACGAGGAGGGGGGCGAGAAAAGCCCCCCUCCUUGGGUGUUUUGCUGUGCCUCGUAUGUAUGUCUGUUGUUGCUGGGAGGAGUGAUUAAGAAAUCUUUCUUUAACUUAUUAAAAGUCAGUGUAUACCUUUAAUCUUCAGUCUUAUCAGUAAUAAAAGGAAACUUAAUUCAUAGAGGUACUUGAUUUAGUUACGCAUUUUCCACUUACAAGAAGACAAUUCUAUAUGUUAAAUGUUAAAUGAAACCUAUAUUGUAAAAUGUAUUUUUAUUUUAGCUGCAAGAAUGUUACUUUAUUUUAGCAAAUAGAACUCAAUGCAGUGCAUUGAUUAUUACCCAAGUAUACUUUGUCCUGCGUUCUUGCUGUGAUGCCCUGAAAAAGUUUACCAUGAAUGCAGUAUUACCUUGACAUACCUCUGUCAUUCUCAAUGCUUUCAAAGGAAUUUCACCUGCCAUUGGCGUCCUGCUUUUGAUAGUUUUUGCUAUAAGCGCUGACAUUCUCCUAUCGAGCGGCAUUUGUUUAUAGCAAUUGUAGGAUGGUCUAAAACAUCCAUGUAUUUUUCCAUAAAAAUUUCGUGAAUUCCCAAAGGCUGUUUUGGUAUUGGCCAUAGUCUUCCCAUUUCACAUGUGUGUAUCUUGGAACAUACAGAAUGUGGACAUUUUAUGUAAAAUGAUUUGGGGACACUGGAUGUAUCUGAGCCGUGUAAAAAGUUAGCACUUUUUCUCUUUUCUCUUUAGGCAAAUUCUCUGAAUUCAUCUGUAAUGUCAAGUUGUAUUUUUGCCACUUUUCUGUAUUUAUGAAAAGUGAAUCUGCAGAAUAAUUGCUUUGUUGAAAUUUUUUUUCAUUUUUGUUUUACAAACAAGCCUAUUUUUAAAAGAAAGAUUAAAAGUUUGAUCUUAGCCAAUAUUUGUUUACUCCUUAUGAAAAUAGUUUCUGUAUGAAUAAUAAUUUAAUAUGAUCUUAUGACUAUAGUUCCAGCCUAUUAGUUGUAUUUAUCUUAGCAUGAGACUUUUCACAGACCAAAAAUUUCUAUAUUUUGUAACACAGGUGAAAAAUAUUUAAAACAUCAAAAGCUGUAACUUUAGAUUUUUUUUUUUUUUUUUUUUUAAAUAUCUAACUACAAUGUCUUCUCCGAUUGUCUGAGAUGAUUCAUAUAAUUACUCGCUGGUCUUGUUUUGGAGUGACCGGAAGAGAAUUUCUGUGUGUGUUAAGUGGUGCUGAAAAGAGUUCAGUCCUUGUCCUGAACCAGCCCCAUGGGCUCUGCUGACAGCUCCAUUGCCCACGGGCAUCAGAGUGGUUCUGCUUGGUCCCUGCUACAAUUGUUCUUCCCACUCUCAAGAUGUGUUUGUUGUCGCUUAUGUACUUCUUGAUACUGUCAAAAACUAUCUGGACAUGGUUUUAUUUUGUGAAGUGCACAAUACUUUGUAAUUUAUGAUAGUGUCAAUGGAAGAAAGAGCAUUAAACGUAUUAAAUUCUUCUGCCUAUUA